AAGAGCUUCACUCAGUCCAGCCAGCUGACGACCCAUCAGUGACAUUGCAUAGGAGAGCUCAGUGUGAUAUUGCAUAGGAGAGCUCAGUCCAGCCAGCUGACGACCCCUCAGUGAUAUUGCAUAAGAGAGCUCAGUCACACAGCUGAUGACCCCUCAGUAAUAUUGCAUAGGAGAGCAAAGUCAUACAGUGAUACUGUAUUUGAAAGCUACAUCAUACUUCAGUGAUAUUGCAUAGGAGCGUUGCACAUCAAGGCUUGGAUGUGCACACUACAUUGCAACAAUGUAUUGCUACAGUUAAUCUGAAAACACUGUGCCUGUAUGAUUCUAAUAAAAUCAUGUUUUGAUUGCUGUGUGAACACGAGAUUGGGUUGCUGCUUGGAUUACUGGACAGCAGUGCAGAGACAUAGCACAGUCACGUGGGAAGUGCUGUUUGCACUGUACAGAGUACAGCAGUUGUGACAUUGGAUGGGACAUAUGUGGGUUCUGGCUCCCGUAGGGGUGCAGGGUAACGAGUGAGCGUAUAGGUCUGCUGUGUGGUGAAAUGUUCAAGGAAAUGGGCUUGUAUCUGAAAGGUUGCAGGUUUCAUUCCCAACCAGGGCUGCAGUUGUACCCUUUACACAAGGUACGAGAGAAGUGUGUGGGUAAAAGCCUCCCAGUUUUGAAGGGCAGUUUAAAUCGGUCUGUGACGGGGAUUGUUAUGUGAAACUCCACUUUCUCCAUAAUGAAAUUUGCCUUUAAUCCGGAAAGCCGUACGGUUUGUGUUCUGUGUUACGGCAGAUGCGCUUGGCCUGGUGUCAAACAUUGUGCCGUUCACCACUUCUCAGAGAAACGGUGUUAUAAGGCCUGGGAAAUGAAAAAUGAGGUUUAUGCUCACUGUUAUGUAAGCCUGCAUACUACCAGGUUUUGCAACAUCCACCCAUCUAUACCUGCUUGUUCCUGGUCAGGGUCCCUAGAAGUGCUGGAUACACGUCUUGCCACGUGCAUCUCUUUGGACUAUGGGAGGACAUGCAGAAAGGUCCCGGUCAGGAUUCAAACCCAAGGCCUUCCUGCUGUGGGGCAGAAAGUGCUGCCAACUGAUGGAUUUAGGUUUUAUAAGUAAAGAAAUACAUAUACAGGCAUAUAUGAUUACAGUCGUUUAUUACUUUAUAAGGUCAUUAUUAGUGAUGGUCGUGAGUUAAAUUUUUAUUAAACUUCAUUAUAAUUUAUUGUUAUAUUUUGCGACUGGGGUGUGGCCUCAGGAUCGCACUCCAGCCCAGUUGAUGGCGGUAAUGCGCCAUAAUGUUCGUUGUCAACCGCCAAUAAAAACAAAGAAAAGAAACGGAGGAAGUAAGGGAAGAAUCAAUCGGCAUUAUGAUAGCUGUUUUCAGUUGGACAGAAUCACUGAAUGAAUUCGUUUCUAGCUCACUAAGGGAGAUGCAAAUCUAACUAAACUAGUCAGUGAACUGCCAGCCGAUGGUGUGAACCUCUUUUUUCGUUUUCAGAGCUUCGUGAUGUUAGCCCACAGAGCUGACCAGCAGGCUGCACGUUUGUGUUUGGCUACCUUGUUUUGUUUUUAACCAAAACAAUCGGAAACCACUUAGCUCGUCACACGCUCCUCGGAUCCUAAUCUUUAGCUUUCCGGGGGAAGGUAUUGCAAUAUAGCUCGCUGUAUAUUGAGUUAAUGACGGUUACAUUUAAAUAUAAUUGAGACGGUACGUUGCACAGUGCCUGUUAAGGAUCGAUAUUGGCCUGAUAAACUGAAAAGUUGUUAGCGCUACCAAGUUAGCGAACAAAAAGCCAUAAUCGUUCGUGCAUGAAGUAAUGUUAUUGUCCUUGUUGAAAUAAGUCUUCUUGACGUUUUUUCAAGUUAGCACUUUCCACGGCGUAUCUUGGCAGCAAAAAAAAUCGCAGCAGAGAACAAUUUUUUUUCAGAACUCUUUUUAAAAUCACCAUUGUUUGUUCUCCUUCCAUUAUAAUGUUGUAGAGCAUUUUGACUCCGGGAUAGACUAGGCAUUCAUUAUAUGACGUGUGUGCUUGGAAAGUAAACGUGCAUAACCAGCAAAAAUAGAGUAGUCAUCCCUGUGCAUUGGCAUGGAAAUGUGUGCAUUGGAAAGAUCACGUUAGCUAAAACUGCUGGGUGUCCUAUGGACUAUCUGAUUUAAACGUUAGACUGUGAUGACAUCUUUAAACUGAACAAUUGAAUUAUUUUAUUGUUCAUUUUUUCUCAGCCAUUUAUACAGUCAAGAGUAAGAUGAUUACGUACUCAAAUCAAUGCCCAAUUUAAACAUUAAGUUGACUUCAGAACCCACUAUUGUUAAUAUUUUCAGUACUGCUGUUUAAGUGAACCCCUUUAACGAAUUAAAUUCACAUGCAGAGGUCUCUGUCACCACUGUAUUUACACAUGCUAGUAGGUCUGGCCUGUUUCUGUUCCAUUUAUCUUCUCAAACUCCAUGACAGACUGCUUUCCAUCACUCCAUUGAGAAGAUUGGUGGAUUCCACAGAGCUCACUAAAGAUAAUAUCCAACCAGAAUCAGUGCUUCGCUCUUAAGCCCCGCCUCUUCAGGUGAAGACAUGAAGACAGAACCUGCGAUGGAAAGCACAGAUUACCUGGGGGUGGAGUCGAGAUCCAGUUUAAUUAAAAGUGAAGACGUAGAGGAGAGUAUAGAAGAGAAGAAUGGAUAUGGGAUGAACAGGGAAGAACUCAUUCUCUCCAACAUAAAGGAAGAGGAGGAGGAAGGUGGGGAGAGGCAGAGUGGGGAGGUGAAGAGGGAGGCUGGUGUGAAAGAUGAAGAGGGGGAUGAAAUGGAACAAACCUCUAAAACCGGCAGAGGGCUGAAAAAAAGGACAUCAAACUGCAAGCAACAGGAAGAGGGGGGCUCAUCAUGUUUGGUCACUUCCUGUCUGCUCAAGCAGCCUAGAGUGCCCUCCCCUGGAUCUCCCGUUAUCUCCUUCAGUAAAGGAGAGUCUGAGGUGUUUUCCUGCUCCCAGUGCCCAUUCAUUCACAUGGAAGAAGCGAAGCUUCACCAGCACAUUGAGAAGGUUCACCCAGAGGAGCACAGCAGCAUUCUGAGGUCUGGAGGAAACGGAGCAGAGGACCCACUGCCUCCCAGCAGCACACAUGAGCACCCCACACCCCCUAAAACACUCCCCACCCCGACACAGUCCCACACUGGCACUCCAGGGGCCCACACCUGCCCUCUAUGUGGAAGAAGCUUCAAAUCUGCAUCAAACCUGGCAACACACCAGAAAAUCCACACGGGGGAGCGCCUGCACCAGUGCGCCCAGUGCGGGAAGAGCUUCACCUGUAAGUCACACCUAACCAUACACCAGCGCAGCCACACGGGGGAGCGCCCGUACCAGUGCUCCCAGUGCGGGAAGAGCUUCAAGUCCACCACGCAGUUCAAACAUCAUCAGCGAACUCACACGGGAGAGCGCCCGUUCCAGUGCCCCACGUGCGGGGACCGCUUCACUCAGCCGAGCAGCCUGCGGACGCACCGGCGGACUCACGCCGCCGAGUGCCUGUACCACUGCGCCCAGUGUGGGCGGAGCUUCCGGCACGCCGGCAGCCUGGCGGUGCACCGGCGCGUGCACACGGGCGAACGGCCCUACCGCUGCUCCCGGUGCGGGAAGAGCUACAGCCAGCUGAUCAGCCUGACCGUGCACCGGCGGACCCACGCCGGGGAGCUCCCGCACCCCUGCGUCCGGUGCGGGACGGGUUUCGAGUCUGCGGCGAAACUGGCGAGGCACCAGGAGGCUCACGCCGGGGAGCGCCCGUACCCCUGCUCCCGCUGCCAGAAGAGCUUCAGGUGCGCGCACGUCCUGAAGGCGCACCUGAGGAUCCACACGGGCGAGCGGCCGUUCCACUGCUCCCACUGCGGGAAGAGCUACAGGUGUGCGGCGUACCUGAGGGUCCACCUGAGGGUCCACACCGGCGCUUUCCCCUUCCACUGCUUCGGGUGUGGGCAGGGCUUCAGGGAGUCACAGGUGCUGAUCGAGCACCAGCAGAACUGUACAAAGUAAUCCCCCCGGGACCAAGAGUGGAAAGAGCUUCACUCAGGUCCAGCCAGCUGAUGAGCCAUCAUUAAUCAUGAUUUUUGGUGGCUAUUUUUGUUAAAACACAUCGUUUUUCAUUUAAAUCCAACAUUCAUGUUUUUUAUUUAUUUUUUUUUUUUUUAGAUCUGAAUGUUCAUCAAAACCUUUUUCCUUUUUCCAAGGCAUGCGAUAUUAAUUUUAUGAAUGUGAUGUGAACCCUACUGUAUGUAGGAAUACCAAAUCAUGACUUUGAUUUUGACCCCCCAAUUAUAAGGAUACACAGUCAGCAUAACUGAUUAAUCUAUAAAUUGUGAGAAUACAUAUCGCAGGCGAUUGUACUGGAAGUUUCUAGGCCCGGUUUGAAGCCUGAGCUAAAUUUGAUCGAUUGGGCUUUUGGCAAGCAAGGCUGUUCUACGUGUCAGAAUCACCCAAUUUUCUCCAGGGGUUGUGUAUCCCAGCAUGCAUUGGGCAAAAGGCAGGAAUAUAGUACCUGAACUGGUUGCCAGUACACCGCAGGGCACACACCAUUCACUCACACCUAUGGCCAAUUUAGACUCUUCAGUUAACCUGACCUGCAUGCCUUUGGACUGUGGGAAGAAACCUGCAGAAGCCCACACAGACACAAGGAGAACAUACAAACUCCAGGCUGGGAUUUGAACCCAGGACCUUUUUACUAUGAAGCAACAGUUUUUUAAUUUGGGCAGUUUAAAAAAAAAAAAAA